CUCGAACGCGGCAACGGGAAGAGGCCGGGCAUGAUCGAGGGACGGCUCAAGGCGCUUGCCGAGAAGCUCCUCGGAGACUGGAUCGAGAGCGAGAAGCUCGACCUGAGCAUCAACAUCUUCAACGACGAGAACGUCCGCUGCGAGAACGUCAACCUCAAGCCCAGCGUCGUGCCGGCCUCGGCGCCCUUCCGCCUCAAGGCCGGCCUCAUUGGCGCGCUCACGAUGAACAUCCCGUUCAAGACGCUGGGCAUGACGCCGGCCAAGCUCACGCUCACAGACGUACUCGUGAUUCUCUCGCCGCGGACGCUCGACGAUGUAGAAAAGGCCAAGGAGGUCGACGACUUCAAGGCCGAGAAGCGCGCCGCCCUCGAGCGCGAUGUCUUGGAGCGAAUACACGGCCCUCCGCUCGACAAGACGCAGAUUCCGAACGACGCCAAGAAGUCGUCCAAGGACGCAACGAAUAACGAAGGCUACUACGGCGCCGACGGCUUCUUCGGGCGGCUCGUGACGCGGCUUAUGGACAACUUGCAGAUCGAGCUCCGGAACGUGCACAUCCGCUUCGAAGGCGACCACCAAACAUCGCCGUUAAUGACGCGGAGUAAGUUUGCUAUCGGCUUUAGCAUCGGCGCGCUCUACGCCGAGACAACGGGCGCCAACUGGCGCACGGGCUCAUUCACAGGACCAGACGCGAGCACGGGCGACCACGUCGUCUUCAAGCUCAUCCAAGCCAUCAACCUCUCGGCGUACGUCGACCCGCACGCGCUGCACUUUGUGCACUCGUCCACGCACCCGAAAGUGCUGCACGCGACGCUGUCGCGGCUGAAAGCAAUGGCCGACAUGAACGCGCGUCUCGACUGGUGGGCGACUGCGGGCGACGCACACACGCACCGCUUCGUCCUCGCGCCGUUCCACGUCACGCUCAAGCUCACGAUGAACGUCGCGCUGCAGACGCUCGCGUCGUCGGUCCCGCGCUACGACGCGUGCUUUGAGCUCUCGAAGCUCAUUGUGAUGGUCGAUGACGAGCAGCUCCAGCUCAUGAACGCAGUGCUCGACAGCUUUGGCCUCCACGGCAAGUGGCGCAGUGCGGUGGCCCACGGCGUCAAGGCCAAAGAGCGCGAGCGGUACAAGCAAGCGGACGCGGCCGAGUACCUCGUGCAUUGGGACGCGCUGCACAAGGUGCACCUCAAGCAGACGCACUGGGACAGCGUCAAAAAGUCGGACGCGUGGAAGCGGCUGCUCCUGCUCGAGCAUCGCUUGCCGCUCGAAGCCAUCCUCACGCUGCGGAACUCGGCGACCUUUGGCGACGACGCCAGCGUGCGCUAUGAUGCGGAUGUGUCGCGGAGCCUCCUCUUGGACAUUGGCGAGAUGUUUGGCGUGCCGGCCCCCGAGAUCAACCUCAAGUUUGCGCGCGGCGCGCUCGGCUUGGCGCUCGAAAUGACCAAGCAGGGAGCUGUCGUCGUCACCAACUGCUUUGCCCAGGCCGCGACCAAAGACGCGCUCAAGCCCGGCAUGUUGUUGGUCAAGGUCGACGGCCGGCGCCUCCACGACGCCUUUGCGUUCACGUCGAUCCCGACGCUCUUGGCGCAGCUCGACGGCCACGUCGCCGACCACGCGGUGGUUUUGACCUUCCAGCACCCCGAGAUUGCGCCGGCCGUCACGACGCCGAACCAGCUCGUCGCCGCGGCGUCGAUCGUCGCGACCGAAGUCGAGCUGCGCGUCGUGCUCGUGCGCCUUAAGCGCGUCAUCGCGUCGGCCGUCGUGCAGAAAGUCGCGUUUGGCGUCGAGGGCUUUGGCCCCGGUCUCUUCUCGUUCCACAAGUACGCGCUCUCGGCGCGCCACUUUUACGUCCAAGAGUCGACCUCGGACGCGACCACAGCGUCGUGCCUCGUCUCGAGCCUCGACGAAAUGCUGCGGGAGCGCGGGACGCAGGCGCUUCGGCUCUCGAUGAACACGCUCGAAGUCGACCACCCGGGCGUCGAUGUCGAUGACGUGGCGACGUAUGCGGUCGAGUACGGCUGCCACGUGGGCCACGCCGUUGUCGUGUACGAAGGCCACAAGUGCCGCGCCGUGCUCGAGGCGCUCGGCGAGUUUAGCCGCAGCGCGUUCACAGCAGCGGCGUCGCCGUCGAUGGAGCUUCCGCCGCACUCGACAACGUCGACGACGAUGACGAAUGCGGUGGAGCCAGCGCCGGCCAAUGUCAAGUACAACCUCUCGUUUGCGAGCCUCCGGCUCUUUGUGGGUGUUGCCAAAGCGACCAUGCGCCGCGCGACGUCCGCGACGGCGACGGCCUACCGCUCGGUGUUUAGCCAGCUCACGAUCCACAACGCGCACGCCCACGCGGGCUUGCACGAGUGGCUCCGCGACGCUUUUGUCUACGAGCGCGUCGUCGCGGCCGUCGUCCAAAUCCAAAAGUACGUUCGAGGGCGCGUGGUGCGCCGGGUUGCGCUGCCGACGCUGCGGCGACAGCGCCUCGUAACGCGCGUCCAGCGCCACCGGCUGCCCGACGCCCUUGAAUCAAAUAAUCUCGUGCUGCAAGGGUACUUUAUGUACGAGGACGUUCGCCUCGGGUGUCGGCGCUGGGACGAACUCUACGUGACGUUGGAUGCCACCGGUGUGCUACGGCUCUUCCGCGACCACACACAGACCGUCUACAUUGACUCGUUCUUGCUCGAGCACUGCUCGCGCGUGGCGAUGCCGAUCAACGACGUAAUUGGACCGGCGGUCGAUGCGAAAAUGCGCUUCUUGCAGCUGGUGUUUGCCGUGCCGUGCAGUGUCCACAACACGCUCGGCGUCCUAUCGAGCGCGCCACCAACGUCCCACACGACGACGCUGCUCUUGGCGCACCCGGACGGUACCGUCAUCAAGCACUGGCAUGCGACGUUGACGGCAGCUCCAUCGCCGCCGGAUGUCUCAAGUCGCCAGCCGCGAAGUGACAAGAUUGGACUGCGGCAGCACAUUAUGGGCCAGCACCCGAUGGACGUGCACAAGGGCUGGCUCUUCCGGCAAGAUCUCUCGCUCGCGUUUCGGCGGUGGCACGAGCUCUUUGUGUAUCUGGACGAGUACGGCGUCUUGCGCUUCUACGAGGACCACACGGGGCGCGUUCUCAUUGACGAAGAGCGUGUUGAGGCCAUCGAGAGCGUGCUGCACGUUGGCAACAUGGUGCAGGUGGAGGACUGGGAGGUGCCGCCACCGCCGCCACCGUCGACGCCGUCCCCCGGUCGCCCCAGCAACCACAUCAAGCACGUCAACUUGGAUCUCUUGGGCCCUGCCGGUGCCACGCCAACGCGCGUCUCGUACUGCCUCGAAGUCACGCUCAAGACCGAGUCGAUCGCGGAUGGAAAAAAGGUGGCCUCGACCUCGACGUUUUUAUUAGCGUCGUACUCGGCGUCGGACCUCGCCGACUGGCGCCAUAGCCUCUUUGUCAAGAGCCAAGCCGUGCGGAGCAAGAUGGUGGAUGUCUCUCGGCGGUCGCUGCUGCCCAAAGUCGGCUGGCCGACGUGGCUGCGGUCGCACCUGGCGUUUUCGUUUGCCAACACGCGAACGCCGAGCAGCACGGCCCGGUCGUUGUACCAGCGCAUGGCGGCCUGGGUCAGCAUCUUUGCCAGCGACGCGUCGCUGUCCGUGUCGCUCCACGACGCGCCGAACCUCGAAACCAGCGGCGCGUUGGCCAUGGACUUUACGCUCGGGAAGCUCGAGGUGCGCGACCGGCGCUCGCUCAAGCCCUACUGCGUCCUGUACCUCGGCGACACCUUUCUCGACGUCGAGCGCGGAAAGCUCAAACCGAUGGCGAUCACGUCCGACCAUCUCGGCGGCUCGAACGGCGCCGUGGACCUGAAGCUGCGCUUUCGCAGCCCUGAGGUGGGUUUGCCCUUUGGCGGCGCCAAGCACGGGCUGCGCGUCAACCUCGUUCUCAGCGGCUGCCUCUUGCCGCAUGACGUGGCGACUGCGAUGGGUGAUGCACUCAGCGAGCUCUCGCCCCUCUGGGCGUCGGAUGCGCCGCCGCCGACCACCGUCGAGCCGUACCUCAAGGCGACGCAAUUGCACUUGGAUGUGCGCGUGCCGAUGUUUGAGGUGUACGUUGAAGAGAAGCACUGCGUGGCCAAGUGCGUCGUCGAGAAGGCUACGCUCAGCUUUGUCGCGACGACCGACGUCGAGUCGCUGGACGUCGUUCUCGGCGCGACGUCGCUGUAUGUCAUGACCAAGGACAACCAGCUGCGCCUCGCGCAGGUCGACGGCUUCCGCGUGCGCUACGACCUCGCCGCGCGGUCCCGGCAGCGCGUCUCGCGCGUCGACAUUGGCCAAAUCAAGCUCGAGGCCGACGGGCGCAUGCGCAUUUUGUAUCAACUCUUUGAGGCGCUGCAGCACAUUGACGAAGACGAAGACGAGAAUGGGACGGGCUUUUACGACGAUCUGGACGAUCUGGAGGACGACGAGGACCUCAAGUACCGCAACGCGACGCUGACGUCCCCGCCCGUGUUCAUGUCACCGCCGUCGUCGCCGCACGUGGUCGACUUGACGCCGAACGGACCGACGUCCAUGUCGCGCAUCAAGCGCAGCGGACGCUACGAAUCGCAGCACUCGACGCGGUCGGUGCGCCCGCGACGCAGUCAGCGCAGCAUCCAGUCGAUGACGUACGUCGAGGGCGUGCCCAUGAUGACGUUUCUCGGACCGCUCGUGUCGUUCCAGGCGUACGUGGCGCUCACGCAGGGCCCGAGCUACUCGGUGUGGACGCAGAUCCACGACAGCGUCGUCUUGCGCGUCGACGCGAUUGUGUUCGAGGUCGUCAAGCGGUCGCUCUCGAGGGUCGCGCUCGACACGUUCAUCCCUGUCAUGAAGCUCUCGCUCUCGCGCAUCGAGAUCGACGCAUCCUCAGGCAGCGAGUUCAAAAUCGACUUUUCAUCUACCUCGAGCAUCGUCCUGCUCGCGCGCUACUACAACACGGCGCUGGCCGACUGGGAGCCGCUCGUGGAGCCGUGGACGGUCGCUAUGGACGUGGCCAAGACGCCGCGGCAAGAGCUCACCGUGCUCCUCAAGGCGCGCGACCGGCUCAACAUCAACUUUACCGAAGCGUUUGUGCGGCUCCUCUGCUCGGUGCAGAAGCACCGAAAGCAAACCAACCCCGGCAAGGCGGCGAAUUUCCUCGUGCCCGCCGUCUCGGAAAAGCACGAGCGCGUGAGCGUGUGGAACAACCUCGGCGUGCCCAUCCGCCUCGCCAACCUCAACACGUCGACGCCCGGCGAGCUCACGAUCGAGGUCCGCGACGGCUGGAGCCUCCCGAGCUACACGCGGUUCCACGACGUCAAGCUCGACGCGGUGCUGCUGCCGUGGUGGAGUCCGCGCGAGGCGAGCGGGCAGCUCGAGUCGCUCAGCCACACGUUUCGCAUGGCCUACGGAGGGGCGAAUGCUGGUGUCGCGCCCAAGCUCCGCAUCAAAGUGAGCGCGAAAGUCCAGAACGCCGUGCAGCUGCAGCUGGACGGUACGCAGGCGAUGCUUUUCCGCGACGAGCGGCACGACGCGUCGCCCGUCGCUUCGCCUCGCGGCCAUGCGCAAUCGAGCAAAGCGGACGAGUGGAUGCCGGUCGGGACGGUCGAGCUCAACCUCGCGGGCUCGCUCAUGGCCGAGACGGGCGCCAAGCGACUCAAAUUUUGCCAGUGGCACCGCCUCCGGGACGUGCGCGGCGUCAUCACGGGCGAGAUCUCUGUCGUGACGGUGACCAGCGGCGGGUCGCUGACGGUGGACCCCUUCCGCCUCGGCUCGACCAGCAACACGCUUCUCGAGACGGCCGACGGCGACGUCAAGGUCGCGGUGCAGCUCCCAGAAAGCAUCCGACACGGGUACGUGCCGCCGCUGGCGCUGGAAGUGCUCGUCGACGGCGGUCCGCGGAGCUUGCUCUGCCCACUUCAGCGCGCCGGCAAGUUUUUCAUCCGCGGCGAAGACGUUGUCGCUGAAGUCAAGGUCGCGCAGCGCGACGAGUUCCGGCGCGUCCUCGUGCUGAGCUCGCCCAAGCAGCUCAAGAACCUCACGAAUCUCACAAUGAACGUCGGGACCUUUCCGAUCGCAGACUGCGACGCGUUCGAGGCCGACAGCUUUCUGGAUCCGACGCUCGGGCGCGGACGGUCGGUGAGCAUCAUCCGCCGAGACUCGAUGCUUGCCGUGCCACCGGGUGCCAAGUACUCGCUGCCGCUCUCGGCGCUCUACUCGGAGGCCGAGCACUGCCUCGUGCUGCAGCUGCUGCACUCGAAGCGGACGCGGAUCGCGGACCUCUCGACGCUGCACAAGCAAGUGGGCUGCCACAUUUUGUACCUCGAGCCCAUCAACCCGAGCUUGGACUGCGGGUACUGCUUCUUCAUGGAGAUUGUGUCGCAUGUGCGCAACGUGUACCGCGAGCAGCAGUACGACGUGCUGCCGACCGAGACAGUCGUCGCCACCGCGGACGCGGACGAGGGCGAUAUCAUGGGGCAUGACGCCAAGUACCAAGUGCGCCUGCACGCGGGUUUUGUGUUUGAGAAUGCGCUCCCGAUUCGGCUCAAGUACAAGGUCGAGGUCGCGCUCGUGCCCGGUCCUCCGACUAUCGUCUGCGAAGGCACGCUCGCGCCGGGUGAGGAGGUUGAACUGCACCAGUUCCACAAGAAUGCGCAUCUGGUGCUGAGUCUCCCGGAAGAAGCCUCGAGCUGGAGCACGCCGCUGAGCUUGGCCAAGUGCAUUUCGCAAGAGGCGACGCACAUUUCGAACCAGACGAUCUCGGCCGCCGACCUCCCGACCCAGCGCCGGCCCACGGAAGAGCUUGUGUUUUACACGCACGCGCCGUCGACACCAGCCUUGGUCGCGGACGACACGCAUCUCUUUACCGCGCGCCUCGACUUUACCGUCGCCGACAAUGGCAGCCCGCGCACCGUCAUUUACGCAAGCGUCUGGCUGUACAACUACUCGCACGUGGACGAACUACUCGUGCGCUGCGCCGAGGCCAACGCGCCGGCGACGUCGUGCAAGCAGCUGCUCGCACCGCGCCCACGGCUGCUCGACUGUCCGUCGCUCGUGCUGGAAAUGAGCACGGUGUUUGCGCACGAGACGGCCAAGUGGUCGGAGAAGCUCCACGCGUCGGUGGUCGGCGUCCAGCGCUCGAUCACGCUCAAGUCGGCGUCCAAGAAGGCGCCGAAGCGCGAGAUUGGCGUCUCGAUCCAGCGACCGCUCGGCCAGUUUCACCGCAGCACGCAGGUCAUCAUCUCGCCGCGCUACGUGUUUGUGAACGAGACGCACAUCAAAUUCGAGGUCGCGUCGACGGCCAAAGACCCGCGGGCGACCGAAGUGCUGCCGCACGCGCACGAAGUGGCCUUUGACUUUCCGGGCGACGCGCUCCUCAUGGGCCGCAAAGUGCGGCUAAAAGCGGGUGGCGCGGCCGACGCCAACUACCUCGUCAGCGACAAGUGGAGCGGAUUCUUCUCGAUUGAUGAGGAGCAAGAGUUUUCGCUGUGGCUGCCCGGCGCCCGCGCGCUCUGGCACGACGAGCCGGCGCAGGCCAACGUGCCGCGCAUCCGCGUCAAAGUGCACACGGUCGGCGCGUCGAUCGUCGUGACGCUGUCGCGUGACGCGCCGCCGAUGCUGCGGAUCGCGAAUCACUCGGGCAAUGCGUUCAAGGCCGUGCAGCAGGGCGGCGCCGAGGCCAUCGUGUUGCCACCGCAUUCGACGACGACGUUUGCGUGGGAGCUCCCCGACGAACCGCGGAAGCUGGCGGUCUCGAUGCUGACGGACUUUAUCCACGGCGAGUGGCGCCACGCGACGCAGCUCCGUCUCUGCGACUUUGACAGUCUGGAUCGGGAGGAGGCGGUGGUGUGGGCCGACCGCCGGGCGCAGACGCACAUUGCGGCCGAGGUCAAGUUUCAAGAUUCGUCGCGCGUCCUCGUGCUGCGUAGCAUUGACUCGGCCGACGUGGCCCGUACCAAGUUUUGUCUCGAAGUCUCUAUCCUCGCCGUGCGUCGGUCGCUCCUACCGGACGAGAAGCCCCUCCAGGCGUACAUUCGCGUCGUGGCCGACACGGCCAGCACCACGGCGACGACGUUUGGUCCUCAAACGAUCAAGAGUCAUGGCGUCUACCGCUUUGAGAGCAAAGAGACGCUUCUGUGCGCCAAGCGGCCGCGGGAACUUCGCGUGGAGCUCUACGAAGACCAAGACGAAGCGUUGACGGAAGAAUCGGAUGUCAUGCCGUCUCUGCAUGUGGACGUUGGCGAUGCGUCAGUGCCCAUGACGCCACCCGAGCUGCAGUCGCCGACGCACCCGUUUAUGAAGAUGCACGACCACGAGGCGUCGUCCCACGCGCUCCGCGAGAAGCUCCUGGGCCGCCACACGUCGGCGUCGCAGCUGAGCCGCCGCCUCUUGGAGCAGCACGAUCGAUCGCCCGCCGGCGGGUUCGACUUUGGCCGCGCCCCGGACGCCGCGUCGUCGCUCUCGGUGGGCAUGCCGGUCGUACCUGUCGACGGUGGCGACGAGGACAAGUUUGUGCCGGACCAGUGCGUCGGCGGCGUCGACAUCAAGCUGCCGAAAAAAGUGUGGCAGCACUUUCAGCACGGCACGGAGCGCAGCUUGAGCGAUCUGCAAGGCUAUUGGUGGAACCUCACGACGGACGACGGGCGCGUCAUUGGCCAAGCGCAGGUGGCGCUCAAGUUUACGCUCCUCUCGACGCGCGACGACGUCAAGACGCGCAAGCCCAACGCGCACGACGUGGGCGAGGUGGACACGCCAGGCCUGUCGCUCAACGUGCGGCUCUCGAGCGUCGCGGUGUCGUUCAUUCACAACACCAACCGGCUCGACGUCGCGUACCUCUCGCUCCAGCGGCUCCACGCAGUCUACAGCGCGCACGGCGGCAGCAGCGAGCUCGCGAUCGCGGUCGGGAACCUCCAGAUGGACAACCAGAUGGACCGCAAGGUGGUGCUCGGGCCGCGCGGCGUCAAGCGCAAGGAAGGCGUGAGCGUCCGUCUCCGCGACCGCUGGAAGAGUUGCCUCAACCACCAGUACCGCGGGAUUUACGAACAAGUGGACGUGCAGGCGUUGCCCGUCAUCCAGUUUCGGAUGCUCUACAACGACGUGUGCAGCGCCGGCGCCUUCCACGUCGAGCUCGUCGAGCUCAUUGUGCAGGAGCUCGAGAUUACGACGGACGAGAAGUUUGUCGUCAACCUCAUUAGCGUCUUUCAGGGCGUCGAGAGCCUCGGGUCGGCCGAGAGUUUCGCGACCGUCGUCGACACGCGCGUGCGCUACCGCCUCGAGGACGCGUCGGCGCCCAUCACGGACGGGAUCUACAUCGAGCAGCUCGAUAUCGAGUCGAUCCGGAUCCUCUUUUCGCUCGAGCUCAACGGCGGCAAGCACAUUGCGACACUGGGGCCGUCUGGACGCCGCCUCGCCAUGUACCUCCCGGUCUCGAACGUCAAGGACAUGCGGCUCAACUUUAGCAAACUGCUCUUCGUGCACAUUUACGAAAGCAAGCGCAUCGUCUUGGAGAAGCUGUACCGGCACUACCACCAGCAAGCGCUGUACAUUGUGCUCCAAGGCCUCUACACGGUGUCGCUCUUUGUGAACCCGUUUCGCAUCGUCUAUCGGCUCGGCCACGGCUUUCUCGAGGUCGUUCGCUUGCCCACGCGCGGCCUCGCGUCGGGCAGCCCGGUCGAGCUCAUCUCGGGCGCGUACCUCGGCGUGCGGUCGCUGGCCAUGAACACGAUCAGCGCCAGCUACGAGACCGUGGCCGGCGCCACCGGGGUCGUCGCCGCCGUCAUUGCGCCUCUGAUUGUGAGCGAAGACAAAAAGACCAAGUUCAAAGAAGAGAUGGUCAACUUUCAGCGCGCCGUCAUGGGCGAAGUCGAGGCCUUUGAUGCGGCGGAAGAGCGCCACAUGUCGAAGCUCAUUUUGCGGGAGCCACGCGUCUUUACAGGCAUUGGCCUCCUCGUCGAGUAUGGGCCCGGCGCACGCCCCAAGGAAGAUCAGAUGCGCGUCGAUCUCCAAGCGGCAGUGCUGGUUCAAAAGUGGUGGCGCCGCCGCCGCCUCAGCCUCGCCUUGCUGCAACACGUGGCCAAGCUUCGCGCGGCCAACGAGAGUCCCGUCGAGCCGCCGCCACGCAGCGAGUGCGUCAUAUUGUAAUCUACUAGUAUCUACUAAUAAUAUACAUGACUAAGAUCUAAAUGC